AUGCGCUGCUUCCUGUAGAAAGCACGAUGAUUGAAGACAAAGCUGGGUGGGGACCAGUCCCUGGGCUGCAGGCGCCGCUGCUACACACGCACAGCGCACAGCGGCGGCGCUCCGUGGCAGCUCCUACUACGGCUGGGCAGGGCUGGGCUGCGCUGGGCUGGGCUGGGCUGGGCUGGGCGGCGCGGCGCGGCGCGGCGCUGCGCGGGGCUGGGCGGGCUGCGCUGGGCGGGCUGCGCCGGGGCUCGCCUGCACACUUCGGCUCCCACACAGGACACCAGCCACUCUCCGACCCGCCGCGGGCGCCAAGCCCAGAUCUGCCAGUGAGCCUCAGGCUUUGGGAACUGAAGAGUGUAUCUGAAAAACCCACCCAGCAUUCCAAUGGCCAGCAACAACACCGCCAGCAUAGCACAAGCCAGGAAGCUGGUAGAACAGCUGAAGAUGGAAGCCAACAUCGAUAGGAUAAAGGUAUCCAAGGCUGCCGCAGACUUGAUGGCCUACUGCGAGGCGCAUGCCAAGGAAGACCCCCUGCUGACCCCCGUCCCGGCUUCAGAAAACCCAUUUAGGGAGAAGAAGUUUUUCUGCGCCAUCCUUUAAGUCUUCACGAGGAGCCUGAAGAGCCUCAAGGCUCCUGGGACACAUGUCGAGUUUUUAGCAAAGUGGGCGCCUUUCUAGUCCACAGCAUUUAAAGAGAGGGAGGAGAACCAUCCUGGAAACUCCAGGCUAUGCAUGUUUAAAGAACCGGUCCCCUUGAUGAGAAUGAAAGCCAAACCACAUCCCGAGUUAAGAGAUCUGAUAGCUGCAGAACUGCCUGGAGGAGGGGAAUAUGUAAAGAUAAAAGCCGCCUCAUUUCUUUUCUGCUAUCCCUCCGCAAACCUUAUGUUUCUGCUUCAUAUUUAAAAAAAUAAUAAUAAAAAUAAAAACAGACAGCUGUACUGAACUAAGAUAUGUAUGACCUUCUUGGAAUGAAUAUUGCCUUUAGAAUACCCUUUGAUAAGCUGAAUUGUCCAGUGUAGCUGCGGUUUGGUUUAAUGGCAUUGAUGUUUAGUCUUUGUGCCUUUUUUCUUUUUUCCUUCUCCCCUGCCCCUCCUUCCACCCUUCCCAUUAGAGUAGUACAGAGAGAAGACUGGACUUGUCUGUAAGACUGAACUCCAAGGAUGAGCACCCAAAUGUUUAGGGAGCUGUUCCCCGUGGUUUGUCUUCAUGGUAAUAACAAAAAAUGCCGGUUGUCUGUGUUCUAUUAUCACAGUUCCUAACAUUUGUACAUGAUAGCUUUGAUUCUGCAAGUAAAAGUAAAUCAUGUGUUGUGACUGGUGCUUUCAUAUAUUUGUGACAAUUUUUGAGUAAUACUGCAUGAAAAUGUCCCUAUGUUACAUCCAUUCAGAAGGUUUGUUGUUUCACUCAAGUUUGGAACAGGAACGAGAGAGAAAAGAAGCUGGAGAAGAAAAACUCAGUGUCUUGAAAACUGAGAUUACUUCAGAGCCUUAGCCAUGCCUAAAAUACCUCUGAGUUCACAGUGGCAUAAACGCCUCUUCAACGUAUUUUCCAGAAUCCAAAGCAUUUUGGUUGUAUCCAGGAUCCAGGGCAGCACAGGAACCACCAAGCAGGAGAGGGAAGGAAGGAUUCACCAUCAAUGGGGAGGCAUUUUUGUCAUAGAGUAAGAGCCAAUUUCAUCUUUCCCUGCAUCAUGGAAAUUCUAGAUUGAAAGAACACUUUCUGUUUGUUCAAGUAUCAGGAGAAAUAAACCAAUGGCUCCAGAGAAGACCCAUUCUCAGAAUCCUAGCUGUUCACCUGCUGGGAGAAGGGGGCAGAUGCGCCCCCACCCCCAGCCAGCAUCACCAGAAAGGGUUCUGGCUCUCUUUUGCCACUCGGAUUGUCUUCGCUUUUCACUCACCAAAUUUUGCAAUAGAACCUUUUCUGGUUUUGUUCUCCAUCUUGUUUGUUAGAGUCUCUCACUCUUUAUUUACAACUCUCUCUUUCUAAGAGAUGAUACUGAAAGUGAUUUUUCAUUACAGCUCUAGCCUUCAUCAGUAAUGGAAGGUCCUGGAAACCCGCAUCACUUUUUUCUGUGCCAUUCCCAGGCAAAAGAGGACUGGUCUUACAGCUUGCUGUUUACUUUGAAAUUGCAAAAGACCAUUUCCAAAUUAAUUCUAUUCUCUUUCUGUUCUCUUCCUUCUGUUUAAAAAAAAAAAAUGGAUGGGAAUAAAUGGAUCCAAGGCAAAAAAAAUGGAGAGGAAGGAAAGGAGAAGAUAUAAAAGGUUAAUAUGACAAGGACAGAUUUUGAAAGAGUUAAUAAAUAUUUUCCUUAGCUCCUUUUAUGGGCAUGAUGGUAAAAGAAUAAAUACAUCCAAAUAAAGCUCACACCUGGGGCAGGGGCAAAGGAAUGCUAAGAUAUUUGCAAAAUGUACAAAUCUACUUCUAUAACAAGAUGCUUCUGUUCAAACCUUGGAAUGUUGUUACAGUCAGCGAGACACUAAUGAAGAUUUAGUGGGAAGACCCCGGC